GUUCUUAGAUUUUCUUUGUUAACUUUUGAGAACCAUUUUUGUGUGUGUAUUUUAGAUCAAAGAGAUGGGUUUCAAUGAUCCUUCAUUAAACUCAAUCAUCCUUUGGUUCGCCUCCGUAACGUCUCUGGUGACUAUCUCAGUCAUCUUCGCCCUUCUCAUUAUUUGUUUACUCAAACGCCGUAGGUUUGAUGUAUCACCAGAAACCGAGAAUGAGCACCGCGGAAGAAGAGAGCCACCGUGCCAAGGGCUUAGCGCUUCCGUGAUUGCCGCCUUUCCCACUUUUUCUUACAAACCGGAUAAUAACGAUCCCGAGAGCAACAAUCAGGAGAUCGAGUGUCCGGUUUGCUUAGGGUUAAUCCCCAAGAAUGUUGUAAUUAAGGUUUUACCAAAUUGUAUGCACAUGUUUGAUGAGGAAUGUAUCGGUAAGUGGCUUGAAUCACACGCAACUUGUCCUGUGUGUCGUAGACUUGUUGAGCCGAUGGCUAAGCAAUGAGGAUAAAGUCUUAGAAAGUUAGUAUAGUUAUUGUUUAUAUAUAU